GAGGGAAGGAUAUUAACGUUUUAUUUUUAUAUCUCCAGUAAGUCACAGUGUGACUUGCACUGUGGUUGCUCGAUAAAUGUUAGGUGAAUGACAUCAAUUGACAGAAAUAAAUCCAACUGUGAGUGUCUCCCCUUGAGGACCGUGUUUUGGUCUUCUGCCCGCUUUCCAGCUCCUGCACUGCGUCCAGGACGGGGAAGCUGGACCCUUAUUAGGAGAACCCGGCCAGAGCCGGUUGUAGCUGCCAGGAACCCGCUCGCCCCGCCCACCCGCCGAGAGCUUGCGGCUCCGGCGACGCGCGGCCCCGCCCCUCGGCGCCAGGGCGCACGCGCAGAGCUGGAGUCGGCGCGGCGGAGCGCGCGGCUGCGGCCAUCCCCUCCUAUACCUCACCGCGCUCGCAGGGAACCCGUAUCAGCGGCUGGUUAGGUUGCUGCGGUCGGUCGUCGUUAUGGACUUUCCGUGGGACGACUUGGCUCUGACCUUCUCCCACACGUCCAUGUUUCCCUUUUUUGACUUCGCGCACUAUCUAGUGUCCGUGAUGGCGGUGAAAAGUCAGCCCGGAGCAGUUGCAUUGGCAUGGAAGAAUCCUAUUUCAAGCUGGUUUACUGCUAUGCUCCACUGCUUUGGUGGAGGAAUUUUAUCCUGUCUACUGCUUGCAGAGCCUCCGUUGAAGUUUCUUGCAAACAACACUAACAUAUUACUGGCAUCUUCAAUCUGGUAUAUUACAUUUUUUUGCCCACAUGACCUAGUUUCUCAGGGGUAUUCACAUCUACCUGUUCAACUACUGGCUUCAGGAAUGAAGGAGGUGACCAGAACUUGGAAAAUAGUUGGUGGAGUCACACAUGCUAAUAGCUAUUAUAAAAAUGGCUUGAUAGUCAUGAUAGCUAUUGGAUGGGCUCGAGGUGCAGGUGGUGCCAUUGUAACAAAUUUCGAGAGGUUGGUAAAAGGAGAUUGGAAACCAGAAGGUGAUGAAUGGUUGAAGAUGUCAUACCCUUCCAAGGUUACCCUGCUGGGGUCGAUUAUCUUUACAUUCCAGCACACCCAACAUCUGGCAAUAUCAAGGCAUAAUCUUAUGUUCCUUUAUACCAUCUUUAUUGUGGCCAUAAAGGUAAGAAUUCAAAAUAACCAUGAUGACUACACAGACUUCUAUGACAUUUGCUCCUUUUGAGGAUACAUUGUGUCGGAUAUUGUUUGGCUGGCAGCCGCAGUUCUCAUCAUCUGAGAAGAAAAGUGAAGCAAAAUCACCUUCCAGUGGCACUGGUUCAUUGGCCUCGAAGCCUAGUGAUGUUGCUUCAGAUAAUGUUAAAAAGAAACAUACUAAGAAGAAUGAAUAAAUUUACUUGAGAGCUCUACAAGGCCAAAACAUUUUUUUUUCUUAUCUACCUGUUAGAUUGUGAUAAUAUUUCUGUGUACAUGAUGUGAAAUGAAGACUGUAUAUAUGGAAUGGAGGUGACAGAAAGAAAGAAAUUCUUUGAGGGAGACUAACCCUUUCUGGAUUGUAAUUCUUGAGUGUUAUGAGUGUAUCAUGUGAAUAUGUUUUUCUGGUAAAAAAGAUUCUGUUGUGAUUAUUUGAAUAGUUUUAUAUUAAUAAUAGAAGGAAAUUUUUUUUUAAAUGUUAGAAAAAGCAAACCUGUCAUUGAAAAUUAACAAAAAUUUUAAACUUUAAAAAAAUAGGUAUUUUCAUAUUUUUAAAAUUUGAAUCUAUUUGAGCUUUAGUUCAGCAGAAUUAAUUUUUACAUUAUCAUUAAAAUUGCUAGGUAUGGAAAACAAUUCCUAUUUUAUUUUGAACACUGAGAAGAGUAAACUUUUCCUAAAACACUUUAUAUUAUAAAUGAAAAUAAAUUGCUAGUUUAUAUUUUAGAUAUAAACAUUGUAUAUUUUAUUAAUAUGUGUGUCAAAUGGAAAAUAUCUGAAAAUUUUUUUCCAUAGUGGAUAUUUUCUACUAGAAGUAAUUUUACUACUUUUCAUUGAGAACAGAGCGUGAGCCUUAAUCUGAAGUCUUUCUCAUGCCCUUGUUUUAAAAUAACUACUGUUUUUUUCUAAAAAAAAAAAAAAAAAUCAAGGGUAUAAUUUUUAAUAAAUUGUUAAUCCCAUGUUUUGUAAUUUUCAUUUUAUAAGCUUGGCUUAUGUUUUUCUCUCUCGUUAAAACACAUUUGUUUUAAUUGUAGGAGAAAUUACUCUUCUCAACAUUUCUCAUAUUCUUCUUUCUAAUCUUCAUUGGUCUGAAUAUAUUGGUAGUAGUUACCAUAAUUAUUCAACAAAAAGUAUCUCAAUUCAAAAAUUUUUCUGGUAUGGCUUCUUUGUAGUGUCUACUGUUUUAGUUUUCUAGUAGAAUGUCUUUGACAAGCUUUCAUAUAGUUUUGUUAUAUUUUCAUCUACAUGUACAUGUGUUAUUAAUUUUAUUUUAAAUGCAAGCUAAUCACCUUCAUGUGAAAAUGGUCUGAGAGCCGGGCGCAGUGGCUCAAGCCUGUAAUCCCAGCACUUUGGGAGGCCGAGGCGGGUGGAUCACGAGGUCGAGAGAUCGAGACCAUCCUGGUCAACAUGGUGAAACCCCAUCUCUACUAAAAAUACAAAAAAUUAGCUGGGCAUGGUGGCGCGUGCCUGUAAUCCCAGCUACUCAGGAGGCUGAGGCAGAAUUGCCUGAACCCAGGAGGCGGAAGUUGUGGUGAGCCGAGAUCGCGCCAUUGCACUCCAGCCUGGGUAACAAGAGUGAAACUCCGUCUCAAAAAAAAAAAAAAAAAAAAGAAAAGAAAAUGGUCUGAGAAUUGCCCUUGGGCAUUUGUUAGUAACCAGCUAACCAAGAAGAAACACGGAAACCAGAACUUCAUAUGGCAGUCCAUUCAGAUGAAGAAUGAUGACAUAAAAUCUGGUUUUGUCUUAGCAAAAUAAAAAAAAAAGAAAAGAUACUAAAUGAUGUGAGAUUUUCUUACUUUAUGAUUUAAAAGUCUAGUGAUAACAUUACAACUCUGGACAUAGUUUAUUUUACCAAAACCAUGAACCUACUACCUGUAUCAGGUAUUUUGGAUGGCUUAGAAGUACUCAAGUCACAUUCAAGUUAGAAGUUUUCUUGUUUUUUGUUGUUUUAAAUUUUUAACAAAUAUAACACCAGCAGGUACUAUACUUUUACUUGCUUAAAAAAUUGGGAGAGGACACUUUCGAUAGUUUUGGAAUGCCUAAGAAGUUUAUUUUUAAUAUUGUGACAGAAAGCAUUAAAUAUUUAAGAGUUCUAUAUGAUAUUUGGUACUCUUACAGUUCAGAACUUUUCAAAAUGAAUACUUUGUUCAUUAUUGACCGGUUUUGAAGUUUGGGUUUAACUAUAGUUGAAAUGGAAGGAAUCUUGUUUUACACUUGUAUUAAAGAUAAAUUUAUUAAAGUAAGUUAUUUAGCACCAA